AAAUAUAUAUCUAACCAUUGCGAGCGAGGAUCAGUUGCUGUGAGAAGCUUCAGUUACAUAGCGAAUGAAUGUAUCAUUCGGUUCGAACCAAUCUGAAUCAAAAUUGGCGUAUCGAUUAGCAUAUUCGUGUUUUCGAUCGACACGAUUGAGUGCAACCAAACAGACGGUCGGGUCGCCAGAGGCUGAAGCGAGGGCCACGGAAAAGCUAGCGCGAUCGUGUGUCAAUUUGUGAUUCUUGCUGCUCACUUUCAACCGAUCGAGUGCCAUCCACCAUCCAAUAUCGAGGGGGAACCCGCCAUGACCACGCCGGAUUGAAUGUCCACUUCGCGCGAACUCCGAAGCAGCAAUUCACAGAAUCAGCUGGCGGCGGUGUGUUUGUGCUAUUUUUUUUUUUGUUAUGGUCGUUUCCAUUGUGAUGAUCCAGUUCCAGCGCAAAAGGUGAUGUAUUUCACAGUGCCAUUUCAGUGCGGGGCGGUGGCUUACUACAAUGCACAGAUUACACUUAAAAAAAGAGGAAAAAAGAAUAGUUAUGCUAUGAGAAAAUAAGUUGUCAUUAUAUGUGUGCUGCUGCAGGUGGAGUUUGGAGCGUCGAAAUGUCGCCGAGUUGGAGAUCGUGAAAAAAUCGUACCCCGAUUAGUAUGUGGGUGGCAUCGAGUUGAUGAAAAACGAUUUCACAGUGUUUGGAGGUGCUUGUGCAAAUCAACAUUCUAAAUGUUGGCAAUUAGUUUUCAAGAAUUGAAUGAAAGUGAAAUCGGUGGGUGUUGAAAUCUAAUGACGACUCUGACAGAAAGCAUUUCCCACCCUUAAAACCUUGUUGAAAAUAAUUGUUUCAAAAGAGUUUACUUGUUAUUUGAAAAAAAAAGUGAAGUUAUUUGUCUAACAAGUAACAGGUGAAUGUGCUAUAUGUGAGUUAUAACACAGUAAAAUAGUUGCAUACGGAAACAAUCGUGAUUUCGGGAGCAAUUCAUUGAUUGUACAAACAAUGAGUAAACAAGCACUUAAGGACCAGAAACGGCCCAUCUACGAGGAUAUUAAGACCGACACCGCGUUCCGGAAGAUCAGUCCCAAAGCGAUCGGGUUCUAUAUCUGGCGAAUACAGAAUGACCACGUGGAGGCCAUACCGAGAGAACAGUACGGGACAUUCUACGACGAGAACACGUACGUGAUCUAUUCCGCAUCUCUGGCGGGUACAACGUCCGAUAGGAACACCAUUUGUCGCGAAAUCAAAAGCCCAGGAGCGAUCAUCGAACGUUAUAUUCACUUUUGGCUAGGAGCAAACAUUACAUCGGAUCGCUCGAAGUCUGCCGCGUACAAAAUCAUAGAACUAGAUCUUCAUCUUGACCACAAAACUACACAGUAUCGGGAGAGUCAGGGUCACGAAGGGAUCCGUUUCCUAUCAUACUUCAAAGACGAUGGGAUGCUAAUACAAUCAGGAACGGACUCCUCAACGUAUCCACAGUUCCCACGAUUAUACCAAAUCAAAGGCAAAACCACUCCCCAAUGCAUCCAGCAGAAAGCAAUUACGUGGCAACACUUCAACUGUGGCCAUGUUAUGAUCCUGCAGACACCGACAAUCCUUUUCGUCUGGGUUGGUCGUUCGACGAGUUCGUGCGAACGGAUAUUUGGCCUAAAAAUAGGAACCAAGCUGAAGGACCAAUUCCAGAUCCCGGAGAUUUCCGUGGUGGACGAUGGAUACGAGCAGUCGAUGAGUCCCGCACGGAAGGACAUUUGGAACAGCUUCCUCAGCUUGUCGCAGCGCUUCGUUCAACCGUUGACGCUGGCCCCCUCCAAUGCGGAUGUGGUUCUGAAGCUCUAUCAAUGCGACACAGUAAAUGGGGUGUUCCGGGUGGAGCUUGUUAAAACGGGAUCUUUGGAACAAACAGAUCUGUACGGUAGGGAUAAUAUCUACAUCAUUGAUUACUUUUGCAACGGAGUGUGGAUUUGGAUCGGACGCAGUUCACAUAAGCAAAACAGGGCCGAAGCCAUGCGACACGUUAGGGGUUAUGUCAUCAAGAAAGGAUAUCCUGCCUCCACUCCCGUGGCGCGUGUUAUCGAUGGCCUCGAACCGGCCGAAUUCAUCGACCUGUUCCCGAAUUGGGUGAGCUCGGAUGUUAACGGUAAUUCGAUUAAAACUUUGUCGGAGAAAUUCGACGCCCUCACGCUGAUUCAGCGCCCCAAGCUGGCCGCCCAAAUCCAACUGAUGGAUGAUGGAACCGGUGAUGCGACCGUGUAUCAGAUCGGCGUUGAUGAUGCGAAGGAAAUCCCGAAAAAAUAUGCCAAAACGUUUUACUCCGGCAAUUGCUACAUCGUUCACUACCAGAUAUCUUGCACAUCGGAAAACACCAUCAGCUCGUUGGCGAAUUCAAUCAAGAAUGUGGUUUAUCUGUGGACCGGAUCCAACGCGUCGGCAGAGUAUCGUCAGACAGGGGAAGCAUUUUUGGGGGAGAUGUGUAAUCAUUUGAAGAAACAUGUGGUGCAGGUUAGGAUCAGCGAAGGAAUGGAACCGCCCCAUUUCUUGCAGAUUUUCAAAGGCGGACUUAUAAUUUUCAAUACCAAAAGCCCAAGCCUGGAGGCGAUCACUAACCCCAGGAAGCACCCGAGCAGUUUUGUGCUGAAAGUGGUUGGGAAUUCCACAUACACCUGCAAAGCGGUUCAGGUUUCCAGCAAAACAUUGUACUACCCCGAAGAUUGCUACAUUCUGAAGGCUCCCGACAAUGAAAUUUGGAUCUGGUGCGGACAGUAUUCUACCGGCGAUUCACGCGAGAUGGCCAAAUCAAUCGCAUCCAACCUUGGCGAAUACAAUCUCGUGAUGGAGUCGAACGAAACGGACCAGUUUUUCAGUUCGGUUGGGGAGAAGUUCCUGAAGCAGCUGAAGAAAACCCACGGAACCAUCGUGGCCCCCACGAUGAACGUAGCGAUGACCUGGGAGCGGCAGCGGGUCGGGCUGUACAUGUGCUCGAUAGAGCAGGAAAAAUAUGUACUAAACAAAAUUUUCGGUUUCACACAAAAGGAUCUGCGCCCGGAGAAUAUCUUUCUGCUGGACGCGGGUAAUAUCGUUUACGUUUGGAUCGGAGAGUUCGUUUCGAGUGGCGAUCGGACGCAAUGUUGGGAUUUGGCCAAUCAUUUGAUUACCACUCAUCCGGUGCAGCGGGAUAUCAAAAUGCCGAUUGCCAUCGUCCGACAGGGUGAAGAACCGAUAACGUUUAUUGGAUUUUUCGAACAGUGGGAUAAAAAAUACUACGAGAACUACGUUCCGUUUGAGAAAAUUCGUGCAGAGAUGGAAAUUCCGGGCACACCAAUCCCAGUUCCUCGUGGGUCAGUACACAGCGAUAGUGCCAGCGGGGAUGAUUUCGAUCGUUACCAGAAGUAUCCGUUGGAUAUGCUGCGGGGGGAUCCAACCAAUCUACCCAGCAGUAUUAAUCCAACCCGCAAGGAGAUACAUCUUACCCACGAUGACUUUGUAAACGUGUUCAAAAUGCCUUAUCACGACUUUGAAGAGCUUCCCAAAUGGAAACAGGUUGAGCUGAAGAAGCAGAAUAAAUUGUUCUAGCGAGAGCACCAUUUUCGAUUGAUAUUGCUGUUGCUUCUGAGAAAAGUUGUAUUAUAAAUGUUGGAAUUUUAAUCAAAAUAAACAAAAACACCACCGUA